UAAAAAUAAUAAUAUCUUUCAAGUUAAUCCAUUUCGACAACCAACUCUCUCUCUCUUUCUCUCUCAAAUCGUCCGAACGGGAGUCUCGGCCAUGUCCAGAGUUCAAUAGCGCUACGCAUGGGAAUUAUAACAACGAAGGACAAAGAAAAAUUGUCAGUUAAGUCAGGUGAUUUAAUUAUACGCAUCAUGAAGUACUUGGAAUACACUCCUCUUGAUCAAAUUAAUGAUUUCUUGAGUCACGUGAAUCUUGGAGAACGUACUAUCAAAGGAUGCCUUGAAGCUUACUCUUGCAAACAUACUGGAACAGAUAAGAAGCUCUCGAUUAGUUUGGAGACUGAGAUUCUUGAUUAUCUUGGAAAGUCUUCAGAUACAGACUCUUCUUCACCUGUUGAAUAUUUAUCUUGUAGAUCCAGCCGAAAGACAUUGAUUUAUCUUCUUCUGACUCUCAACCACAUGUAUCCCGAUUAUGAUUUCAGUGCAGUGAAGGCUCACCAAUUUUUCACAGAAGAGAGCUGGGACAAUUUCAAGCAGAUAUUUGAUGUUUAUAUGCUUGAAGCAUCAAAGGAAUGGCUUGCGGAAAGUGAGAGCCCUCUUCUGGAGACUUUGUACAAGGCUUUAGAUGAGGUUGUGAAACUAGCAGAAAGUGAAAUCUAUAGUUACAGCCCAGAGCCAGAGGCAGAUCCGUUCCUCGAGAGAGGAGCCAUAUGGUCUUACCAUUUCUUCUUCUACAAUAGAAAGCUCAGACGUGUUGUGAGCUUCCGUUUCAGCUGUUUAAGUAACUUGGUGGAUGAAGGCCUUGUUGCCAAUGAGUUAAGUUACGAGGAAGAUGAAGAAAUAUUUGAUGGCAUGGACAUAUGACUGCAGAAAGUUGUUCAUAGAAUUUUAAUGUUGUUGUGAAGCCCGCGCCAUGUUUCUGUGUAACUUAAAUAGUAGGCUGUGAAAUUAGUAUGUAAAUAAGGAUUUCCCCUUGCGUGUAGUCAGGGGAGUCGAGUACCAAAUUCCUAGUGCUUCCAGAUCCGGGAGUUAGUGUUAAUCUUGAUGUGUAUCAGGUGCUGUAGCCAGUGAACUGUAUUUCUUUUAGCAUUUCUGCUUCAUUUUAGGCUAUGUUGGAUUUAGGGAAGAUGAGAGUAUUCUAUUUGAAACGUUGUUACUUUCUUGUUUAUAUUUAGUAGCUGAACUGCACUUGAGAAUAGAAGAGUAUGCUUAAAUGAUAUGAUCUGUAGUUUGGUCA